AUGCUGCUGCCGGCCUGGGAAAUGGGUCUCUACGGGCUCCUCACCGUGGGCUCUCACCUCUACGCUUUCUAUGAAGCGCACUGGGUGUCUCAAAAGUAUGAGGCUGCAAUGGACAGAAAGUUUGGGCUGGAACCAGGGACUCUCUUUCGGGGCCUCAAAAAGGACCCCAUGGACUUUGAGUGGAGCUACUGGAUUGAAUGGGGAAGGGACCAUAUACUGUGGCUUCUGGUUGGUCACCUGCUGGUAUCACAAGUGUCCAGGCUCUUGGUGGAGAAGUAUAAACCAUGGUGCUUAAUGGUUUAUGGAAUGGCUGCCUGCUGGUUGUUGCUGGGAAUCAAGGGCUUUGCUGUCAUUUUGUUACAUGCAAGUAUUUCGUUUGCUGUGGCUCAGUUUCAGCUGUCACUCCUGACCUGGUUGUGCUCCCUUAUCCUGCUAUUCACUUUACGCAUACCGGCUGUGGAAGAAGCUGAGAGAAAUUGGUACGACACAGAAAAUGAGUAUUAUCUGCUGCUCUUCACUGUGUCUGUCCGCUGUCUCUUCUGCACUAGCUUCAGCCUGGAGUACUGCUGGCAUGGACCUGCCCAGAAGUCAUCCUAUUCAUUCCUGUGGAUGCUGGCAUAUGUGUUUUAUUAUCCCAUGUUCCACAAUGGACCCCUAAUGAAUUUUGAUGAAUUCAGUAAGCAGAUGAGGAGACAAGAAGCCUUCAGUUUGAAGACUAAUCUCAGCAUCUUAAUUGUGGGCGUAAUUCGUAUUUUCUUUUGGUGGUGCCUGGCUGAGCUGAUGAUUCAUCUCAUGUAUAUCCAUGCUCUCUACAGCAGUGCUUCACCUUUGGAAGCUGCAUCAUACUGGGCCUUGGGUGGCCUGGCUUUAGCUCAAGUACUGUUCUUUUAUGUGAAAUACCUGGUUCUGUAUGGUGUGCCUGCCCUCCUCCUUCAAAUGGAUGGACUCAAACCUCCAGCUCUGCCUUGCUGUGUGAGCCUGAUGCACAGUUUCACUAAAAUGUGGAG